CCGGCGGUGGCGCAGCGUGCAGCACGGCCCGGCGCAGGACGACGAGCGCGGCGCGGCGCACACGGACGCGCUGGCGCUGCUGCACGCGAUUGCGAAGAAGCCCGUUGUCGCCGAGUAUGUGGAGGCGCUGGGGCUGUGGGACCGCUGGCAGGGGGCUGAUGAGGACUGGGAGGCUGCGCGGGCGUUUGGCGCGGAUGCGGGCGCGGUAAGGUAUCUCAGGGGGGCGCUGGAGGGUGCGGGGUGGAGCGAGAGGGAGACCGGGGUGAUGGAGGAGUGGUGGGCGAGCUUCGGCGGGGAGCGCAGGAAGAGUCGCUGGUGGGAGGGGAUGGGGGACGAGCGGCGCGCGGUGGGGAUCCAGGCGCUCGAUGCGCUGUACGGGACGAUGGCGCUGCUGGCGCUGCUGCCGAAUCUGCGGACGCUGCAGCUGCCGGACGGGUGGCACGCGGUGCGGCGCCACGAGGCGGCCGAGGUGCUCGUGCCGCUUGUCGACCGGCUGGUCGCGGUUGCGAACGACAAGUCCCAGAACCGGGGGCGCGCGCUGCAGGCACUCGAGACCAUCAUGCCGUUCAGCGAGGAGGGCUACGACAUCCGCGUCGGGCUGGAGUGUCUGCACCCGUUCAUGGUGCUGGACAGCAUCCGCAACCUGUACGCCGUCAGCUGCGUGGCCGUCGAGGAGGACUGGGGCGGCAUCUCGUUCCACUGGCCGUACGCCGUCGACUCGCCACUGACGCGCAUCGAGCUGGCCAGCUGCUGCAUGGACGCGCGCGGCCUCGAGGUCCUGAUCAUGCACACGCCCGCCGUGACCACGUUCAAGUACUCGCACCAGACCAAGUGGGACGGGCUGCAGGUCGACUGGAACCCGGGCGAGUUCCUGCAGAUGCUGGCCGACUACCUGGGCAAGACGCUGCUGGACCUGGCCAUCACGGUGGACGAGCUGCACGGCGAGAUUGUCAACGGGCUGUCGUCGUUCCACUCGUUCACGGCGCUGCAGCGCCUCGAAGUCGACGUUCUCCCGUUCUGCGGGCCGCCGCUCGAAAGCGGCCAGCGCCUGGGCCGCGACGCGUUCACGCCCACCGGCGCCACCGCGUGGACCCACAGCGACAUCCCGUGCCUGGGCGACAUGCUGCCGGCCAGCAUCCGCGAGAUGCACCUGAACACGGACUACCCGAUGCCGGCGGAGCAGGCGCUCAAGUCGCUGGUCAAGAACAUCAUCGACCGGCGGUCGAACAAGCUGCGGAACCUCGACCGCUGCGUGAUCCGCCAGUUCCGGUCCAACACGGCGCAGGACAUUGCGGACCGGCACGAGGUGGUGCUCGAGGUGUUUGACAUGGAUGUGCAGGAUCCGCGGGCGCGCGCGAUGAUGCCGUUGUGGAAGCGCGAGUUUGACGAGAAGGUGGGCGGGAUUGUGACGGAAUUAGAUGAGACGAGAUGGAUGUAGAUACCCCUGAUAUACUGAUACUGAUAUAGUGAUACUGACAUACCGAUA